CGCCGGGUUUCCUGCUGACGCCGGAGAGCUGCGGAUGGGCAGGAAAGGCCGCCGCCGCCUCUCCACCCGCCCGUUGCCUUCCGCCUCGCCCCUGCUCGCCCCGCUGGCGGGAGGGCGGCGCUGCCCCGGCUGAGCGCUUACCGGGAAAGCGGGGUGGAGAGGGCGCAGGUGCGGGGCAGGCCCGGGGAUCACAAGGGCUGUGCUGAGGGGAGGGCGCUGGCUGCGGGCAGACAUGGCAGCCCCCGCUUCGUGAAUGCUGUUAGCCGCUCCCCUGCCGCUGAUGGCCGAAGCCUGGAGGCUGGAGGAGGACGAGGAGGAGCUGCGGGAGCUGGGCAGGAGGCACCGGAGGGUCGCCCUGAGCUCGGCGGCAGAUCGCUCUGAAAGAAAUAAACCAGACUGCCGCUCUUCAGGCCAAGGACCCUUGUCAUCCAUAAGAGCAGCAAUCAAGAGAUCACUCAUGAAUAGUGCACAUCAAAAAUGCCCUGUCGAAGAGCUUCUCGGACCUCUAGCCAUAGUGAGCAGCAAAGAGAUAGAAGGCGCCCUGAAAUUACAAUUGUUGCUGCUGAACCCCUCCGGCCUUCCUCCUGGUUUCCAGGUGCAAGCUCUGUCACUCCUCAUGGAUUAGGAUUCCCUUCUGCUUCGACUCAUGCUCAGUGGAGGAGAAAUGAGCGUAUUCCAGCUGAGCUUCCACCAUCAUACGAGCAGGUGAUAAAAGAAAUCAACCAAGUGCAAGUCAAUACAACAAAUAACAAUAAUGCUGCUGCUCCUAGACAUACCACUACUUCUGCAACACAAACUGACUUUCCGCAGGAACUCAUCAGCCAUUUGCCAGGAAGUAAUGUAGAAACUAGUGUGCCUACACACUGGGAACCUGCAGGCUAUCCAGGGCGAAGUCCUCUUAAGCCUCCUAGGCCCUCUGCAUCUCUCCUGAAUAGGUCUCCUUCAGAAAAUGAGAAUCCCUUAAUAGUCUUUGAAACUUCUGAAGGUCAGAGGUGUGAAGAAAAUCCCAACGCUGUGAUACGUCCUGUGCCAAAGCCAAGAUCAAGAAGCAAUCUCAGACCUGUGGUCAAAAAUAUUGAAAGUAAGACAGACAAUGUAGAAGAGUCUACAACAAAAAGGCAGCAACCUUCAGUUCAGCAGUCGCCUCUCUUGGACGAUAGCUUGCCAGACAAUCAGUUGGCAAUGGACAGCAUGAGUAUAGAAAAGAGCCAAAAUAGUGUUGUUUCAAGGAUCAAAGUUUUUGAAUCCCAAGGAACUAAUGAUACCUCAGGAUUAUCAAAAAAGCCAGAAAUUGCCCCUCGUUUGUUCCCUCCAAGACCUGUUACUGCAAAGAAACCAGAGGUUGCUCCAAAGCCAGAUGUAAGCAGAAUUUCAGGAGACUGGGAUGCAUGGACAGAAAGCAAAUCAUUACCUUCCAAGGAACUGCAGCCUCAACCUGAAGUAGCUGGGAGCAGUGUUGUAACCAAACCUGAACUGCCAAAGAAGCCAAAACCUGGCCUUGCUGAAAGUAACAGUCCUGAUUUUCUUGAUGCAAGGAGUGGAUCAGUUGCAGAGAACAGCGACGGACAAAAGAAAUAUCCUGUUCCCACUCCAAGGCCUCUUGUUCCCAAAAAGUCAUGUUACACAGAGAAUCCUGUCCUUUCUUUGGCCUCACUAAAACCAAUUGCUGCUCCCCCACGAGCUUCUGUAUCUGCCCAGGAAAAGGGUUUCAAGUCUCCUGGGGAGUCAUCAUCCUCAGCCAACUCUUCAGUACCUGCUUCGCAAAAUAAACUUGAUAUGGAGGGAGAUCUAAUCAGUUUUGAUGAUGAUGUUUUGCCCCUAAGUCCAGCUUGUGCAGUUAAAGAUAGCAUCAGUUCUGAAGCAGCAGCAGAUCCAUUUCAGUUCCUCACCAAAAGUGAACCUGCAAAGGAACAGACAGCUCAACCAGCUUUAGCCCGAAAACCCACUGUAAUCCGAAUCCCAGCCAAACCUGGGAAAUCUUUAAAUGAAGUCAUGCAUAGUCCUCCACCACUUCCUGCUGAAAAGCCCAUUGGGAACACCUCUGAUAUCACAGUGGGAAAACCCAACAGUGGUGACCUAGUAAAAAGAGUGGAGUUGGAUCAUUCAGAACAAGGUGGAGUGCCUCAGUUAGAACCUGUACUGCUCCCAAGGCCUGUGAAUGGAAAAAUUAUACCUGCUCGACCUCCCCCACCUAAAGGUGUUCCUGGAAGGCCACCUCCCCCAAAACUCUCUGCAGCCAAGACCUCCUCCAAGAAGGAUGCUCUGUCACGAUCUAUUUCUGACAUUGCUUCUGAUAAAAAAUCCAGCAAGUUCAAACUGGGACCCAAGAGAGCAAAAAGCCAAGUCUUCAAAAAUCCAGAUCCAGCAUUACCUCCUAGACCUAAACCAGGUCAUCCUCUCUACAAUAAAUACAUGCUACCUGUGCCUCAUGGAGCUGCCAAGGAAGAUUGUCUUCCCAGGAAUACUGGAGAACUGUCCUGUAAGGAUUCAAACUACCCUCCAAAGGUUUCUGACCCAAGUGCACCUCACGCUGUAGUCCUGCAUGAUUUUCCUGCGGAGCAUGCUGAUGACUUGGACCUUCAUUCUGGAGACACUGUUUGUCUUUUGGAAAAAAUCGAUAGCGAGUGGUACAGAGGAAGAUGUGGGAAUCGCACAGGGAUCUUUCCUGCCAGCUUCGUUAAAGUAGUUACUGAUGUUCCAGAAGAAGGCAGAAAGAAGAAAAUACUCUGUUCACCACAAUAUGUUAAAGGCCCAAGAUGCAUAGCACGAUUUGAGUAUAUUGGAGAUCAGAAAGAUGAGCUCAGUUUUUCAGAAGGUGAAACUAUUAUCCUUAAAGAAUAUGUCAAUGAAGAAUGGGCUAAAGGAGAGCUCAGAGGCACAUCUGGAAUUUUCCCCUUGAACUUCGUGGAAGUAAUUGAAGAUCUGCCUGGAACAGGUACAGGAGCAGCACUGAAGAACAAGGUGGAGGCUGCUUCUUCCCUUCCUCAGAACAACAGAUGCUCUGCAGAGUGGUGUGAAGCACUUCAUGAUUUUACAGCAGAAACCAAAGAUGAUUUAUCCUUUAAAAAGGGAGACUACAUCCAAAUACUGGAACAAGUAGAUUUGCAGUGGUAUAGAGGAAGACUGAACGAAAAGGAGGGGAUUUUCCCAGCAGUUUUUGUCCAGACCUGUUCAGCCAGGGCAGAUCUGUCACAAGCUGUAGGAGUGAAGAAAGGAAAAGCCAAAGCUCUUUAUGAUUUUCAUGGAGAAAAUGAAGAUGAGCUUUCCUUCAAAGCAGGUGAUACAAUAACAGAGCUGGAAUCUGUAGAUGAAGACUGGAUGAGUGGAGAGAUACAAGGAAAGUCUGGGAUAUUUCCCAAGAACUUCGUUCACAUUUUAAAAACGCCAUGAAGUGUUGCCUCUCUUCGUACUCCCUGCACAUGGGAGAGAAUGUUUCCUACCCUAAAGGCACAGCAAAAACAUCAACCUGUUUUGGCUAUGUUUUGCACUACUUUUUCUAGACAGUCAUACUAGUAUCUUGAAGUCAAAUAAGAACAUGUUAAGUCUUCUGUGACAGUGUAUGUAGUCAUGCUUCAUGAAUGCUCCAAGAGCAAAUACAAGCAGGAUUCUCAGUGGUUUCCAGCUAGGGAAAUACUGUGGUGCAACACCAUUUUAACUUAAAUAGCAUUCUAGUAUGUUUACUAUCUGGUGUUACAUUUAUCAUGCACAAAGCCACAGAAAGUAAGGUUCUUUGGUCUUUAAAAACUUUAAAAUUUAAAAAAAAAUAGUUUCAAAGAUAUAAAUACAGCAUUCAGUAUGUAGAUCAAGUUUGAUAUUCAGGUUUCAUUACUGCUCAACUUCCACAUUAGCAGUAGAACCCACUUGGUGUCUGAUGUAGAGGAUAAGGAAGAUAACUGCUAUUUCAUAGUAGAAAAAUAUCAAACCUAAUACUGGUAAGAGGGAAAACUCAGAAGCAAAUACUGGUGUGGUGUUCUUCUCUCAUAGGGGAAGAUCACAAAAGUAAAACUUUUAAAGUAUUUUGCCUCUUCAUGAAUUGGUAUGAAUCAUCUGAAGACCUUCCUCCCUUGCUCCCAAACCCUUUCCAGAUAGAGGUUUAGAUUUUUCUGCUGCACACUGUCCUUUGAGUGUCAUCAGUCACACCCUUCUUUCUCAGCUGAAGUUAGUUGUAACAGACAGCAUUUACUGAGCUUUCUCAGACCCCCUCCAUGCAGUAGCUGCAUUAUUCCAACUAUUUGCCCCCUCCACCCCCUUCAUGUAAGUGGAAAGCCAGUCUUCACUCAGCCUGCGUGUCAUUUAUCCCUCAUGCACUGGAGCAUAGUUCAGCAACACUAUUCGUAUCCUUAACAUGAAGGGUAUUAUACAGCCCUGGCUUUAGCU